AUGGCGGGAAACAAGAACCAGCUUCGAAGAGCUCGGAAAAAGGCCCAAAAGGCCGAGGCUGCUAACGCGCCGGUCGAGAAGCCCCAGGAAACAGAUCCAGCAUCAUCACUACCACCCUCCGCCCCAAUUAAAGAAGAUGUAUCGUCUGUCGCGCCCGCUGCAGCCGCCCCAGCGGACGAUGACCCACUCUGGGAGAUGUACAAGGGUCUCGUCACAAAAUUCGACGAGACUGGAGACAAUGCCCCUACAAAGGAGAGCGAGAAGCCGGAGGUCUUCUUCGAUGACGAGGACGAAAUUCCCGACGAGGAGGAAACCGACGAGCCCAAGAUCUCGAAGAAGAAGCGAAAGGAGUUAAACAAAUUAUCCGUCGCCGAAUUAAAGGCCAUGGUACACAAGCCGGAAAUUGUGGAAUGGACAGACACUUCUGCCUCGGACCCUCGACUCUUAAUUCAUCUCAAGGCGCAUCGAAAUGUGGUUCCAGUCCCUUCCCACUGGUCCCUCAAGCGCGAGUACCUUUCGUCCAAGCGCGGUGUUGAAAAGGCACCCUUCGUUCUUCCGAAAUUCAUUCAAGAAACCGGAAUCUCUGAAAUGCGCGACGCCACAUUAGACAAGCAAGAUGCUUCUUCCCUCAAGCAAAAGCAACGCGAGAGGGUAGCGCCGAAAAUGGGAAAAUUGGAUAUUGAUUAUCAAAAGCUCUACGAGGCUUUUUUCCGCUUCCAAACUAAGCCGGAAUUGACCCGUUAUGGUGAAAUCUACUACGAAGGCAAGGAGUACGAAACCAACCUCAAGCAUCUUCAUCCCGGUGACCUGAGCGAUGAGCUGAAGGAGGCACUCAACAUGCCCCCCGGGGCCCCGCCACCGUGGCUCAUCAACCAACAGCGAUACGGACCUCCACCUUCUUACCCUGCCUUGAAGAUUCCAGGUCUCAACGCGCCGCCUCCAGCAGGCCGCUCUAUGGCGGUGAUAUCUUCGGUGUUUUACAACCUCAACAAAACGUCCAGCAGGGAGAACCCGUUGAGAAAGAUCUUUGGGGAGAAUUGCAAGAGUCAGAAGAAUCCGAAGAAGAAAGUGACGAGGAAGGAGAUGAGGAUGAGGAAGACGAAGACGAAGACGAGACACAGGAGAAUGGAACGCAUUCUCCGAGUGGCUUGGAAACCCCCCGGUGGCAUCGCCUCGGCCGUCCCAUCGGAGAUUGGGACAACCGAAAAUAUCUCAGGAGAAUUCGAUGUCCGCAAACACCACCGCGGAACGGAGACUGAGGAGUCUGUCCAGCCGCGAAGCGCUUACCAAGUCAUCCCUGAACGACAGGCCAAUGUCCAGGGAUUCUUUGGCGGCGACAGAACAUACGAUCUCAGCCAAUCGUCCGGAAACCCACCUUUGCUUGGCGCAGACGACCAAAAUCGCAAGCGCAAGAAGCCUGGCGAUGUUGAGGUAUCUGUUGAUUUGGAUGCCCUUCAAGCUGGGGACGGUCUGAACAAGGACAAUCUUCAAAAUCUCUACGAAUCGGAGAGACAACAACAGAAUCAACCCCAGUGGGGCUUUCAAGAGGACCUGAGCGAUAUGAUUGCACAAGAGAGCCGCAAGCGGUUACGGAAAGAUGAAGAGCGAAAGGGCAAGCGUUGA